CCGCCUCAUCGUCCAUUGAUCAACAACCCAGCGACGGCCAUUGACUUGGUGAUCGCUACGACAAGAUGGCGAGCCAAGAACCUGGUGCUCCUCGUGUGAGCUUCUCCGACAAGGACCUGGAGAACGGUGGUCAAGGUGGUCCGGAUCGCUCGCGCAAGUGGUCCCAGGCGCCUGGCAACAUUGAGGAUCUCGACGAGUACACCGCGCUUCAGAAGUACAUUUCCACUUACAGAGAUCCCAAGCUCGCUCAGGAAGAUGGCGGUGCUGAGAAGGAGGAGAAGCCCAAGAAGGCCUGGCAGUUCUGGAAGUCCGGCAAGAAGGAGGCCGCUGGCACCUCCGACGAUGGCCACGUCCCCGACGAGUGGUUAGACGUCGACAUCAAGCAGGGUAUCAGCAACAGCGACGUCGAGGCUCGACGAAAGCGCUUCGGCUGGAACGAGCUCACCUCCGAGAAGGAGAACAUGUUGCUCAAGUUCCUCGGUUUCUUCAAGGGUCCCAUUCUCUAUGUCAUGGAACUCGCUGUCCUCCUCGCUGCCGGUCUUCGUGACUGGAUCGAUCUCGGUGUCAUUAUCGCUAUUCUGAUGCUGAACGCCAUCGUCGGUUGGUACCAGGAAAAGCAGGCCGCGGACAUUGUGUCAAAACUCAAGGGUGACAUUGCCAUGAAGGCGACUGUCAUUCGUAACGGACAAGAACAAGAUAUCAAGGCUCGCGAAAUCGUCCCAGGUGAUAUUAUCAUCAUUGAGGAAGGUCAAACCGUCCCAGCCGAUGCCCGUCUCAUCUGCGACUACGACCACCCAGAGGACUUCGAGAAGUAUAAGGAACUCCGCGAACAACACGCACUCGACCCAGAGGAGGACCCAGCUGGUUCCGAAGAUGCUGAGGGUGACGAGGGUGAGGGUAUCCAGCACCAAGGCCACUCCAUUGUCGCUACCGAUCAGUCCGCCAUCACUGGUGAAUCUCUCGCUGUUGACAAGUUCAUGGGCGACGUCGUCUACUACACCACUGGUUGCAAGCGCGGAAAGGCUUACGCCGUUGCUACUGCUUCUGCCCGCUUCUCUUUCGUCGGACGCACUGCCUCGCUGGUGCAGGGUGCUAAGGACCAGGGUCACUUCAAGGCCAUCAUGAACUCCAUCGGUACGGCUCUGCUUGUCCUGGUCAUGUUCUGGAUUCUCGCUGCCUGGAUUGGUGGUUUCUUCCGCCACAUCAAGCUCGCUACCCCAGAGGACUCUGACAACACCCUCCUCAAGUACGUCCUGAUCUUGUUCAUUAUUGGUGUGCCGGUCGGUCUGCCUGUCGUCACCACUACUACUCUGGCUGUCGGUGCCGCCUACCUCGCCAAGCAACAGGCCAUUGUCCAGAAGCUCACUGCCAUCGAGUCGCUUGCCGGUGUUGAUGUUCUCUGCUCUGACAAGACCGGUACCCUCACUGCCAACCAGCUCUCCAUUCGCGAGCCAUACGUCGCUGAGGGCGAGGAUGUCAACUGGAUGAUGGCUUGCGCUGCUCUUGCCUCGUCGCACAACAUCAAGUCUCUUGACCCCAUCGACAAGGUCACUAUCCUCACCCUCAAGCGCUAUCCCAAGGCCCGUGAUAUCCUCAAGGACGACUGGAAGACCGAGAAAUUCAUUCCAUUCGACCCUGUCUCCAAGCGCAUCACUACCGUCUGCACGCUCCGCGGCGACCGCUUCACCUGCGCCAAGGGUGCACCAAAGGCUAUCCUCAAUCUGACUGAUUGCACCAAGGAAACAGCUGAUCUCUUCAAGGAGAAGGCAGCUGAGUUCGCCCGCCGUGGUUUCCGAUCCCUCGGUGUUGCCUAUCAGAAGAACAACGAGCCAUGGGUCCUCCUCGGUAUGCUUUCUAUGUUCGACCCGCCACGUGAGGAUACCGCUCAGACCAUCGUUGAGGCCCAGCAGCUCGGCGUUCCGGUUAAGAUGCUUACGGGUGAUGCUAUUGCCAUUGCCAAGGAGACUUGCAAGAUGCUUGCCCUUGGUACUAAGGUCUAUAACUCCCAGAAGCUCAUCCACGGUGGUCUGUCCGGCACUACCCAGCACGAUCUCGUUGAGCGUGCCGAUGGUUUCGCCGAGGUCUUCCCAGAACACAAGUACCAGGUCGUCGAGAUGCUGCAACAGCGCGGUCACUUGACUGCCAUGACUGGUGACGGUGUCAACGAUGCUCCAUCGCUCAAGAAGUCUGACUGUGGUAUCGCUGUCGAGGGCGCCACCGAAGCCGCCCAAGCCGCUGCUGAUAUCGUCUUCCUGGCCCCCGGUCUCUCCACCAUUGUUUUCGCCAUCAAGACCGCACGACAGAUUUUCCAGCGUAUGAAGGCAUACAUUCAGUACCGUAUCGCCCUCUGCUUGCAUCUGGAGAUCUACUUGGUCACUUCCAUGAUCAUCAUCAACGAGACCAUCUCCUCCGAGCUCAUCGUCUUCAUCGCCCUUUUCGCAGAUCUGGCCACUGUCGCCGUCGCCUACGACAACGCUCACUCCGAGCAGCGCCCCGUCGAAUGGCAACUCCCAAAGAUCUGGAUCAUCUCCGUCAUCCUCGGUAUCGAGCUUGCCAUUGGCACCUGGAUCAUUCGUGGUGCCCUCUACCUGCCAUCCGGCGGUAUUGUGCAGAACUGGGGUAACAUUCAGGAAAUCCUUUUCCUCGAAGUUGCACUCACUGAGAACUGGCUGAUCUUUGUCACUCGUGGUGCCAGCACUCUUCCAUCGUGGCAGUUGGUUGGCGCCAUCCUCGGUGUCGAUGUCGUGGCCACUCUCUUCUGUAUCUUCGGAUGGUUGAACCCCAACAUCUACCAGGAGCCUCUCCCAAGCCCAAUGUCUUCCUUCCAGGAGACCAGAAAUGGCCAUACCGAUGUCGUCACCGUCGUCGUCAUCUGGAUGUACUCGAUUGGCGUACUCAUCUUCAUCGCCAUCACAUAUUACCUGCUUAACAAGAUCCCAUCCCUUGCCGAUCUCGGUCGUAAGAACCGCAGCCUCCACGACACCCAGAUGGAGAACAUCAUCGGUCACCUUAGCAAGCUCGCCCUCAAGCACGAGCGGGAUGAGGCCGGUGAUGGCAAGUGGACCCUGGUUGGCAAGUCUACAGAGGAGGAGGAUGAAGAUUAGAGUCCGUCAUGAUACCACAGUGUUUUUGCGAUGAUUCAUACUAGGUAUUGGGAAACAGAUGAGUGUGUUACUACCGACAGACGUCUCUUAACGUGCUUCUCUUUGCCAUCUAUUGGAGAGCGCACUGUACAUACCUAAUCUAUGGUAGAGUAUAACGAGCAGUGUGCCCAUACGAUUUUUGUAAUUAGCUGUCGCCUUUUUCCUGCUCGUCGAGAGUACCUCACGACCAGUAUACACGGCCGAAUUGAUGUACAACGUCUCC